AUGGACAACUGCCCGUUCCUCACGGACACCCGGCGAGAGAUGAAGGCCCAUCUCCAUUCUCCAAGAAAGAACGGACACAAAUCCUACCUAAUAUCCCUAGCAGGCCGCAUCGAGCACGGCCAACCCCUCAGCGCAAUCGACAAGGAAAUCGCCUCUCGCCUGAUGCUCAUGUUCAACGACCGGGACGCCCGCGGGCAAAAGUCCAUCUCCCAACCCAUCAACACCGUCCUCGGCCCGGAGGACGUCAGCAGCCCGGCCAUUCUCCGCGAGCACACGCAGUGGAUGUCGUAUCUAGGUCUUCACACGCCCGAGCUGCACCGGCGGGACUUCUGGGAUCCGCGGACGGGCGGGUGGUAUUAUCGCGAGUACAACAUGGACGACGACUUUGAGGACGCGUGCGAGAAUGUGAGGAUCAUUUCGCAUGCUACAGGGAGGCCGGUGAAGCCGUCAGAUUUCCUAUGGCGUUGA